ACAUAUUCGGGUCUCUUCUGUGUCACUGUCAACCCCUACAAGUGGCUGCCGGUGUACAACCCGGAGGUGGUGUUGGCCUACCGAGGCAAGAAGCGCCAGGAGGCCCCUCCACACAUCUUCUCCAUCUCUGACAAUGCCUAUCAGUUCAUGCUAACUGAUCGCGAGAACCAAUCGAUCCUGAUCACUGGAGAAUCCGGUGCAGGGAAGACUGUGAACACAAAGCGUGUCAUCCAGUACUUUGCAACAAUUGCAGCAAGCGGGGAUAAGAAGAAGGAAGAGCAGCAGUCGGCAGGCAAAAUGCAGGGGACACUUGAGGAUCAAAUCAUCAGUGCCAACCCACUGCUGGAGGCUUUUGGUAAUGCCAAGACAGUGAGGAACGACAACUCCUCACGCUUUGGUAAAUUCAUCAGAAUCCACUUUGGCGCCACGGGAAAACUGGCUUCUGCUGAUAUUGAAACAUAUCUGCUGGAGAAGUCCAGAGUCACUUUCCAGCUCAAGGCAGAAAGAAGCUACCACAUAUUUUAUCAGAUCAUGUCCAACAAGAAGCCGGAGCUAAUUGAGAUGUUACUGAUCACCACCAACCCGUAUGACUAUCAGUAUGUGAGUCAAGGUGAGAUCACGGUUCCCAGCAUUAACGAUCAGGAAGAGCUGAUGGCUACGGAUAGUGCCAUUGACAUCCUGGGCUUCACUCCUGAUGAGAAGACAGCCAUUUACAAGCUGACGGGGGCUGUCAUGCACUAUGGCAACCUGAAGUUUAAGCAGAAGCAGCGUGAGGAGCAGGCAGAGCCGGAUGGCACAGAAGUUGCUGAUAAGGCUGCCUACCUGAUGGGUCUGAACUCAGCAGAUCUGCUCAAGGCCCUCUGCUACCCCCGAGUCAAGGUUGGGAAUGAAUAUGUGACCAAAGGUCAAACUGUGCAGCAGGUAUACAAUUCAGUGGGUGCCCUGGCAAAAGCU